AUGUCUGACCCAGUGAAUGAAGUCACCGAACAAGUCGCCAAGACCUACUUGGACGAUGUUACCGGAGAACACGUCUCGAAGUCUGAAUUGAAGAAGAGACAAAAGGCUAGACAAAUCGAGGCCAAGAAGGCUGAAAAGGCCAAGCAAAACGUGAACAAGCAACCAAAGAAGAAAGACAUCAUGGCUGACUUGAACCCUAACCAAUACUUUGACAUCAGAUCUCGUCAAAUCGAAGAAUUCAGAAAGCAAAACAACGAAGACCCAGAAGCUUUCAACCCAUACCCCCACAAGUUCCACCGUACUUUGACUGUUCCUCAGUUUGUUGAGAAGUACUCCUCCUUGAAGAGAGGUGAAACCCUCAAGGAUGUUGAGGUUAAGGUCACUGGAAGAAUCAUGACCAAGAGAGAAUCUGGCUCCAAGUUGAGAUUCUACGUUUUGAAGGGCGAUGGUGUCCAAGUUCAAAUCAUGGCUCAGGCUCAGGACGCUGAAUCUUUGGAAAUUUACGAGAAGGAGCACGAAAACUUGAGAAGAGGUGACAUUAUUGGUGUCGUCGGCUACCCAGGUAGAACUUCCCCUGCCAAGGGUGGUGAGGGUGAAGUUUCCGUUUUUGCUACUGCUGUCCAAUUGUUGACGCCUUGUUUGCACAUGUUGCCAACUGAGCAUUACGGUUUCAAGGACCAAGAAGCCAGAUACAGAAAGAGAUACUUGGACUUGAUUGUUAAUGACUCUGUCAGAGACCGUUUUAAGGUUAGAUCGGCCAUUAUUUCUUACAUCCGUAAGUUCUUGGACUCCAGAGACUUUAUCGAAGUCGAAACUCCAAUUUUGAAUGUCAUUGCUGGUGGUGCCACUGCCAAGCCAUUCGUCACUCACCAUAACGACUUGAACAUGGAAAUGUUCAUGAGAAUCGCACCUGAAUUGUUUUUGAAGGAAUUGGUCGUCGGUGGAAUGGACAGAGUUUACGAGAUUGGCCGUCAAUUCAGAAAUGAAGGUAUUGACAUGACCCACAACCCAGAGUUCACUACCUGUGAAUUUUACCAAGCUUACGCUGAUGUCUAUGACUUGAUGGACAUGACUGAAUUGAUGUUUUCUGAAAUGGUGAAGGAAAUCACUGGCGACUACAAGGUCACUUACCAUCCUGAUGGACCCGAGGGCGAGGCUUUGACUUUGGACUUUGCUAGACCUUGGAAGAGAAUCAACAUGAUUGAGGAAUUAGAAAAGAUCUACAAUGUCAAGUUUCCACCAGGAGACCAAUUGCACACUGCUGAGACUGGUGACUUCUUGAAGAAGUUGUUGAAGGACAACAACCUCGAAUGUGCGCCACCAUUGACCAAUGCAAGAAUGUUGGACAAGUUGGUGGGUGAGCUUGAAGACGCAUCCAUUAAUCCAACUUUCAUCUUCGGUCACCCACAAAUGAUGUCUCCAUUGGCCAAGAAGGACAGGAAGAUUCCAGGCUUGUGUGAAAGAUUCGAAGUUUUUGUUGCUACUAAGGAGAUUUGUAAUGCAUACACUGAGUUGAACGACCCAUUCGACCAGAGAGCUAGAUUCGAAGAACAAGCCAGACAAAAGGAUCAAGGUGACGAUGAGGCUCAGUUGAUCGACGAAACAUUCUGUAACGCUUUGGAAUAUGGUUUGCCACCUACAGCCGGUUGGGGAUGUGGUAUCGACAGAUUGGCCAUGUUCUUGACCAACUCUAACACUAUUAGGGAAGUGUUGUUAUUCCCAACCUUGAAGCCUGAUGCAUUUACCAAGGGCGACGAGGUUCCUACCGCUUAG